UUAAUUAAUGGGUGAGAUUGUCCCUAAUUAACUCUUUGUCGCUGGAUACAGUCGCAGCAAAGUGGCUGAUGAUAGGGAUGUAAGAGAAAUCUUUAGAAAAUAUGGCUCAGUCAAAGAAGUUGCUUAUAAAGGUUCAUAUUCUUUCGUUGUACUCUAUAUCAAUUUUAUCAGACUUUCAAUAGUGAAACUGAAGCUCAAGAGGCACUUAAAGAGACCAAUGGAAAAACAUACAAUGGUCAGAAACUCAAAGUUGAUAUUGUAGACAAUAGAAAAAGUAGAAAAACAGGACCAUCAGAUAGUGAUUUGUGUUUUAAAUGCAAUAAAGGUGGUCAUUGGUAUAAAUAUUAAUUUAUUCUUAAAAGGGCUAGAGAUUGUCCUAAUGGCAGAUCACCUCGUAGAAGUAGAAGAUAUUCAAAUUCGAGAUCUAGGUAAUUUAUUUAUAUUAUUUUAGACGUCAUAGAAGGAGAUCUGAUUCUCGUUCCUAUUCUUCAUACUCUUCAUCUAGAUCAAGAAGAAGAAACAGAUACUAUAGAAACAAACACAGACAUAGUCGAAGUCCAAAAAGAUUAGAAAAACCUAAAAAAAGAAGCAUCAGCAGAAAAAGAUCACCCUCUGAUUCCUAAUCAUCAAAACGUGGUAAUUCAGAAUCAAAGUCUUGAAUAAGAAUGGGAAAAAACACAUUUUAUUCAUCAAAACAUUUUAGAAUUAUAUAAUUGUAAUACUUUGUAACUCUCCUAUGUACAAAUUUAUCAUUGCGAUCAUCUUAUACUUUUGAUAAUCACAAAUUUUAUAGUUCCUUCUUUAACAGAAAUAAAUAAAUCUCAGAAUUUCUACUUUAAAUAUUUAUUCUGAUUCUUUA